AUGGCAAAUACGCUGCCGAACGGUGGUGCUACACAUAGCCGUGACGUGACAAUGAAGGAUGGAAUAGCGCAAGAGACCACAAUGAGCAGUAUCCAGCCGGCGGACAUAACCGACCCUCAACCGCCCCCAGCAUCCACUCCUUUCGCACUGGCGGAGCAGGCAUCGGCAGCCUCACCUAUGGCCGCUCCAGGACCGCCAGCAGUAUCUGCACCACGUCCUGACUCCAUGCCACCAGCACCUGCGGCGAAGCCGGAGAAGCCAGUUGCGCAUGGCGGGCCAACAAGGCAGUACCUAAACCAGAACAUCACACCGCAUCUGCUCGAAGGCAUGAAGUAUCUUGCCGUCUACGAGCCAGAGAAGCCACUGCUAUGGCUCUCGGAGUUUUUGAGGGACAGAAGCAAGGAAGUCGAAGGCUAG